CAGAUUUGAUCUCAGAGCACAGAAAGAAACACACUACAGACCUGCAAGAUCAACACUGAAGGAACUCUUUGGAUAUUUUCUCCAAGAUGAGGAAAAUAAUCUUUCUGGUUUUCAUCUCAUCAGCAACAGUACACCUCACAGAAGCAGAAGAAGCUCCUCUGAAGCAGGAUGAAGAUUUCCUGGAGCCUGAUUCAGUCUUGCUGGAGCCUGAAACAACAGAGGAGUACAAACACACAGAAGAGGCAUCAGUGCUGUUGGAGGAACCAGAGCUAAAUGCAGAUUAUCUGACUGAAGAAGCGCCAGAGACAGAUCUACAGUCAAAAACCCUGCUGAACACAAAUCUCAAACCUGUGGAGGAACCUGUAGAUGAACCUGUGGAGGAACCUGUAGAGUUCCAGUCUGAAGUUCAUAUGCAGGUGGAAUCUGAAAAUGUGUUAAAGGAGGAGCCCACACUUCAAGCUGACUAUAUAGUGGUUGAAGAACCAGAAGUAGAAAUGAAUCCUCCUGGCAGGAAACAGCGAACGGCGUUACAAAAAGGUAGGCGCCAUUGUAGAGGAUUCACCAUACAGUACACAUGUUACGAGUUCUUCACAAGAAAGCUCAAUGCCAGGGAUGCUGAGUUACAAUGCCAAAAAGUCUGUCCUAAUGGUCAUCUGGCCUCCGUGACAAGCAGCUUUAUUCGUGCUGAAAUCUAUAAUCUAAUGGACCGGUACGGCAGCCGCUCUGAUACAUGGCUUGGAGGAAGGAGAAUCAUUGGUACAAAUACUUUUACAUGGUUGGAUGGAGAGCCCUGGACCUACAAUGGCUUUUUUUCUGGAGAGCCAAAUAAUCUGGGUGGAAAUGAGGAUUGCAUUGAGAUACUAUAUCGAGUGGGGUUCAAUGACGUAGCGUGCUUUCUAACAAGACCAUUCGUCUGUUCCUGUCCAGUUUAGACAGCAAGAAGAUUCACCAAAACAAAGUGUUUCUCAACCACGUUCCUAAGAGACCACCAGCUCUGCACAUUUCCAUGUCUCCUUAACCAAACACACCUGAUUCAGAUCAUCAGCUCAUUAGCAGAGACUGAAACACCUGUAAUAGGUGUGACCGACAAAGGAGACUUCCAAAACAUGUAGUGCUGGUGGUCCUCCAGGAACGUGGUUGAGAAACACUGACCUAACCCACUACACAGACACUUUUGUAAAGUGCAAAGUGUAACCUUGGAAGAAAUGUAUUAAAUGUAUUAAAAAUAAUAAUUAAUUAUACAAUAUAAGUUAUUCAAUCAGUUUAUAUUAAAUUUGCCAUGGUUUACAUUAAUAUUAAUAAUAAAAACAUACAUUUUAUGAACAACAACUGAUACAUUAAUCAGGUUAAUAUAGCGUUCUUUAAGUGAUUUUUUUUACUCAAUAAAAUCAUUCUGUACAUCCCUUCUCCUAUGUUGAAAUAAAGCUGUAAAAUGGCAUUAAAUAAAAUGGACUUUUAUUGCCAUA